GUUUUGCCCAUGGGUGUCGGGGUGUGCUGUCGUGGCUGGAUGAGGCUCAUCUUGCAGCUCAGGUUUUCGUCCACAAGAUGCCCGAGUUUCGACUUUCUGGGAGGGGUCUGCCUGGAUCAGUCGAAUAUUGUUAACAUGCGUUGCCGCAGCCGUCCCGAGAUCACUUCCGGGCCCGUACAAUUGUACUUUUCUUUUGAUUCCGCAUAAACGUAUAAUGCACAAUGACCAUUUCUCUUUCCGUAUGGCUAGCUUGUGCCUGUCUCGUGUUGUCCUUCCGCGAGCUGGUUGCGAGCCAGCGGCUCUCUGAGCGCCCUGUGGGUGACGCGCCCGACUCGGGGGCGAGGCCUGAGGUGACUUGGUCAGGCAGCAAUCGCCAUGCUGCAGGAGACCAGUGGCCGUACUUCGGGGCAGCGCUUGCAGUUGGAGCCCUGCUCUUGGUGGCGUGCGUCGUUCUGACCUGGUGCUGGGACUGGAAGGGUGCCCAGCAAGAGAGGGGCGUGGUGAAGGAAGCCGCACUUCUGCCUCCACCAUCGAGGCCGCCCGUCAAUUUCCACGCCUCGCUCUCUCAGUCCGAUUGCGCAGUCGCCGUGGCCAGCCCGCGCUACCCGGUCCCGCAGGCGGCGGGCGGCGCCAGUGGCCUCUCCAGCUAUGGCGCUACGCCUCUUGGUUCGAGUCGCAUGAGCCUCACGCCCAGGUGGCUCUGUCCCCAGCUGACGGUGCCCAUUGGGACAGAGCUGCACUGCGUGCUGCCCAACCUGGUAUCCGGCGCGAAGCAGAACCUGGUGGUGCACGUGUGCAGCAUCGCAGAGCGCGGCUCGAAGCCACUCUUCCAGGCCCGUGUGGUGGAAGCGGACGGCGACCUGCACAGGGCGGCUAUCUCGUUGGAGACGCCGGGCGGCGAGGGGCGGUUGCCAGGGCAGCUGAUGAAAACCACAGCCGGGUGCCGAAUCUGACCCCCGCCCCCUCGUGAUUGUUGCCACUCUCAGGUUGGCCUUCGUGUCGACGCGAGAGGUCCGAUUUGUCAACGCUCGCGUGAGCAGAAAUAGCCUUCGGGGGAGGAGGGAAUACCGUCGCCGCUGCUUGGCGCGGCUUGAGAACCCUGUCGGAAUGUACCUUGCAAGGGUCCAGGGCCUGACUUUGCACGGGAUUUGCCUGCGAGCCGCACAACAAAUAUUCAACACAAGCUUCUCGGGCCGAAUUUGGGACGCUGGAGCCGGUGUUGAAAGCAGUGCGUCCAGCUCCAAGGGGUGUGGGCAAAGCAGCUUUAUCCAGUGAUUUUCCCUGGCCCUCUCUUCUGGCCAGGAGGGGACGACAUGUUUUUUGGGGGCGCACGCGCGCGCGGUCAAGUCGGAGGUGUGGGCCCGCACGGCGGGACAGGAGCUGGAGAUGGAGACCUGGGCAGAGAGGGCGGUGGGGGAUGCGGCUUCUGAACAGCCGGUCUUGAGUGUAUGGGGUCGCCUUCAGAGGAUCAGUUUGGUUUCUGGCCGCAGCUGUCACUAAUCGGAAUAGGGACCCCGACAGGAGGCGGAGGAUGUGGAGGUUGAGGAGGAGGAGCCCUUCGUCGUCAACGUUGGACGCGAC